AUGAGAAAACGAGCUCGUUAUACUUUGUGUUUAAAGAAACGCUUGUAUGAAGUGUCAUCCUUGAGUGAUGCAUGUUCUCUAUUGAAGGAUUUAAAUUCGUUGCAAUUAAGUCCUGAAGGAACAUUAUGUUUAUUGAUUCAAACAAUUCGACAUGGAAAGAAUUCUGAGAGAAGAGAGGCUAUUGAGAAGCAAGAUUAUGUUUCACCCUUCUCCACUUUGGAAUGUAAGGAAAAGAUCAAAACAUGGAUACUGUCAACAGUCAAGUCUGUGAGAGAAGCAUUGAUUUCACAAUACUAUUUGGAGUUGCAACAAGGAAGUGCCAGCAAGUUAGGUUUGCUUUUUUAUGAAACUGAAGACAUUUACGAAGCAGCAGGAAUUGCUUUGGCACAAUACCGAGGAAGAAUUGAAUUUGCCAAAUUCAUUCAAGCACUUCAAAAGCCAAAUUGUCCGCUCGUGAAGGAAAAGUUGAAAUUAUUAAUGGAUGGUCACUUUAGAGGAAUUUCGUUAUUCAAAGAUGUCAACAUGGCCAUUCACCCUCAAUGGACACCAAGUCCGAAAAAUAAGGCAAAAAUUUGGAGAGCCAAUUUUGGAGUAUUAGGAAUUGAAGAUGGUGUGGAAUUAUUUGGUGAAAGUGGAAGAAGUCAUUUUGAAAAGUUGCAAGUCUCGUUGAGAUUGGAACGAGAACGAGGUAUUAAUGUCAUUCAUUAA